CGGUAUUUCUACUAAUCUGUUAUAACAGAUUACGAUAUUUCUUCUAAUCUGUUUAAACAGAUUAUAAUCUGUUAUUACAGAUUACCGUAGUCUGCAUGUUACGUUCUAUAAUAGAAAAUCACGUUGUUACAAAUACAUAACUGAUGGCCGGUCAAGCGUGCAGGACAGGACAUCUGGAGCUGCAUUAUAGCUAUACCCUUUUACGUUUUCAAUGUAUCUCACGAUCCUUUGGAACAGGACCUUCUUGUGGCAAUGGAAUGUGAAGGCUUGGUUCGGAAUUACUUUAAUUUAGGAUAUAAUUACAACGAAAUCAUUGCUUCUCUUUUAUUCAAUCACAAUGUAGCGAUAAGCAAACGAACAUUGAACAGAAAGUUGCGAGACCUUGGUCUUUAUCGUCGUAAAAACCAUACUGAUGAGUUAGAUGUAGCUUGCUUUAUUCUACAGGAACUUCAGAGUUCAGGGUGCUUACAUGGUUAUCGAUGGAUGCACCUGAAAUGCAUCCAAAAUGGUAUCAACAUUGACAAAGAAACUGUUCGGCAUCUACUCGGAGUGUUAGACCCAAUAGGUCUUGAAUACCGAUCACGUAGAAGGCUACGAAGGCGUUUAUAUCGAGGACGGGGACCAAACUUUAUAUGGCAUCUAGACUCCUAUGACAAAUUAAAACCUUUUGGAAUCUGCAUCAAUGGAUGUGUAGAUGGCUAUUCAAGGAAGGUAGUUUGGCUAGAAGCUUACACGACAAACAAUAAUCCCAGAGUAAUAGCUGGAUACUACAUGCAAACGGUUAGGAAAGAGAUGGGAUGUCCUCGUGUCAUUCGAUCAGAUUUUGGAACAGAGAAUAACACUGUCCGCCAAAUGCAACAAUUUCUGCGCAGAAAUGGUGACGACCCACUUGCGUCUGAAAAGAGUUUUAUGCAAGGAACGAGCCAGCAUAACCAAAGAAUAGAGAGUUGGUGGGGCGUCCUUAGAAAGCACUCUAUACAGUUCUGGCUGAACAUGUUUGGACAAGUGAAAGAUCAAGGUCACUUUACUGGAGAUCACCUGGACAAGUCACUGCUGCAGUUUUGUUUCAUGAAUCUAAUUCAGGAAGAACUGGACAAGGUUGCUAAGGAAUGGAACGCUCAUAGAAUCAGCAAAUCAAGGAACCAGUGUGGACCAUUUGGUCGCCCCAACGUGAUGUACAGGACACCCCAGGUGUAUGGAACACAAGAUUUUCUUGUGCCGUUGGAAAACGAUGAGGUUGAAGUAUGCGAGGAAGAAUGUACUUUCAAAAGUCAGUACCCUUGUGACAGAGACGUAUUUGACCUUUGCUCGAUCCUGAUGACUGAAGAACAACUACCUGUACCGCAGAAUAGCGAAGAAGGACUGAACCUAUAUCAUACUUUGAGAAUGCACUUGCUGAGGAUGAUUUAAUCAGAGUAUUUUGCAUUAAUUGCAUGUGUAUUUUGAUAUUAAAUGAAAAACACAAGUAGAUAUUUUUCUACAAUGCUUGGAUCAGCAACCAAGACUUAUUCAUACCUUUCCCCACAAUGACAUCUUUCCUCUCUUCAAAGAAGACUAGAAGACUGAAGCGUCUGAUCCGUUUUUUUUUUAUUCACAUAUUCACCACAUUGCUUAAAAUGAUCUGCAUAUAAACACAACAAAAAUGUUUUUACCCCCUAAGGAAAGUGACAUAACUUUUUAACUGGGAGGUGUCAAGUAACAAAAUUUGCAGGUGAUAUUAAUCAACUAUAUUGUUAUCGUAUGUGUAAAAAUCAGCAUAAUCCUAUAUUCAUGAAUGAACAAAGGUCAAGAAAAAAAUGUCACUUUUCAAAAGUCACAAGGGUAUUUUUAUGAGCACCAUAUGUACCAAAAAUUAUGUAAAUUAUGGUUCUCGUGUACAAUAAAAAUAAAUUUUUUGCUUUUAUACCAAUCUUCAGACUCCUAUUCAUCUGACCAUUAGUUUUGCGCAUGGAUGGACAUAUUUUUCAAGAAAAACAACUCUUUUUAACGCCUUUUGGGGGUUAAGCUUGAUUUUCGUGAAAAUAUUGGGAAGUGCAUUUUUCGCCAAAAAAGGUCAAUUUUGCAAUCGGAUCGUAAAAAGUGCCCAGAUUAGUAGGAUAGAGUGUGAUAAUUGAUAACAUAACAAAAAGACACUAAUACACAUCCAUCCAAGUAAGGUUUUACCCAUUAUUUGUUCAGUUUUUAUCCUAAAAAUGGAUUCAUAUGUGAUUUUAAAAAAGUGACAUUUUUUGUUUCAUGUGUGACCAUUCAGGCGUUACAAUUAAAAUCAUGCUCAUUUUUGCACACAUGCUUUUAUCUGCAAAUUUUGUUACUAAACACCAACCCGUUCAAAAGUUAUGCUACUUUCAUUUGGGGGGGGGGGGGUAAACUAUUUUUGUUGUGUUUAGUAUUAUCCAUAUUUCUAUUUCUUCAUAACAGAGGGUAGCAAUAAGUGUUCCUAUAUUUGUAUAAAGGACUUUAUAAUAACUUUGAUAAAAAGUGAUAUCAUAUCACAAUGCCAAACUGAUGCUAACGUUUUUACGGUAAUGCUAUUCGUUCAUUAUCCAGAGUUCUUGAAUUAAUUUCUUUCAAAGGCUAGUACUGUCUUACAAUAAAAAUAUACUUUACUGAGACAGGAGUGUUCUUGCUUAUUCGGUGUUAAAUAUGAACGACAGUUAAUGACAUAACAAGCUGAACGAAAACGAAAACAAGUUUUAUUUGAAGUGUUUUGAUUAUUGUGGCAAGUUCAUGUACAUAUGCUUAUAUUUGAGUCCGCAUAUCUCACCCAAACUUUAUAUAACACAGUCCAGCAGAAAUAUUAUUAAUUAAUUGUUUUUUAUUUUUCUGCUUUAAAUACAUGUGUAUACAGUGGAAACUCAGUAUAACGAGGUGCUUGGGACCAUCAAAAAUACAUGUACCUUGUUAUAGCAGUAAUCUUGUUUAUACAGCAGGUUUAUUAAACAAUAAGUUAUAGAGAGCUGGGACCGGAUUUUACCUCUUUAUAUCAGGAGUUUUGUUAUAUCAGAUCUCUUUAUACCGAGUUUCUACUGUAUAAACUACAUGUAGAUGUUUUAUGAACACAUUUUAUUGCUUACACUAAUAUUGUGGGAAAUGGUUGGUACAACCCUACUGAAACAACAAAGGACACUAAAAGAUGGUAAUAAUGACUUGUUGAGGAUGAAUCAUUUCCUUUAAUUAUAUGAGUGUUGCUGCUUCUAAUUUUCCUUUAAAAGCACUGGUCUUAAAUAUAUACGCCCUGAACAGUAAUUGCUACAGAAAUAUUAUACGACUAUACAAUAAUGUACGUACAUGUAACUUGCAUACUGUGUGUCAACUAUUUACAAGCUUUUUGAGCAAUGUAAAUAUAAUGUAAGGCCCUCAUGUUUUUUUUCUGACUGUAAAUAACCAAACAAUUAAAUAACAAAGAAUAGUCAGACCAUGUGUUCACAAAAUAUCCUCUUCGGGGUUUAUAAAUGUCUUAUAACCAUGCUGUGCCAGUGUUUUAUUGCUUUCCAUUAGCCAUAUUUAUAUUUUCAAGACCAUACCUUUUAACCUCUAUGACAUUAUAUCAGUAAAACUAAAUGAAUUGGACAGUGUGGAUAGACCAUGUUACUGUAGCUACACAGCUAACUGUUGCUCAGCCAUAUCAGAUAUUUUCAAAUCUUUGACCUCAACAUAAUAAAUAAAUCCUCGCUCUGAUGGUAAAGUAUG